GUGCCGAUCGACGAUGGCGGCGGCGCGGUCGGAGGCGUCGGGCAAGCUGCCGGCGCUGACGCGGAAGCUGCGCUACACGGGCCUGUUCACCUCGCAGAUGGCGCCCACGUCGCGCGCCUACUGCAUCCUGCUGAGCUUCUUCGUGGGCGUGCUCAUGCUCACCGCCGGCUCCGUGUUCUACCACGUGAUCCUGAUCCGCCCCAUGAGCGGCAGCCACCCCAUGCACACGCCGCCGCUGCCGCUCGCCUGCGGCCUCAUCCUCGCCGGCGCCGCCACCGUCCUCGGCUCCUUCUUCGUCGCCUGGAGGUAUGGCUUUGACGACGGCGACGACAGUCUCGAGGACGAUCUCUACUCCUUGGCCAAAGACGACGUCCUUGAACAGACCCACGAGCAGCAGCAGCAGCAGUGGCAGCAGCGUCAGCAGUGUCAGCAGAAUCAGCAGCAUCAACAAUGUCAGCAGACUCAGCAGUGUCUACAACAUCAACAGUCUCAGCAUCAGCAGUGUCAGCAACAUCAGAAGAAUCAGCAUCAGCAGUGUCAGCAACACCAUAAGAGUCAGCAGCACCAGCACCAGCAGCAUCAGCAGUGUCAGCCACAUCAUCAAAGCCAGCAUCAGCAGCAAUACUGUGAGCAGCAUCCUCGUCAGAAAGAUGAUCAGAAACAGUCUUCUCAGCAACAGCAGAAGACUGAGAAACAGAGGACUCAGCAAGAGAUGACUCAGCAAGAGAGGACUCGGCAAGAGAUGAAUCAGCAAGAGAGGACUCGGCAAGAGAUGACUCAGCAAGAGAGGACUCGGCAAGAGAUGACUCAGCAAGAGAGGACUCAGCAACAGAAAAACUUCCAUCAUUUCCAACAGCACUACCACCACCACGAGUGUUGUCAGUCCGCUGCAAAGAUUCCAUCUGUGUGAAUCAUUUUUUAUUUUUUAUUUUCUUUUAUUGAUUUUUGAUUCUUGAAUUAUUUUUAUUUUAGAAACCUAUUUGUAUAUAUAUUUUUUAACCUCUCCAUUCUGUUCUUUCUUUAUAUCCAUUCUUUAUCUCCAUUUCUUUAUCUCUGCUUUCGCUUCAGUAUUCUAUUCUUAAUUUUCAUUGCCUUUCUCUCUCUCCCUCCCUCCCUCCUCCACUCUCUCUCUCUCUCUCUCUAUCUCUCUCUCUCUCUCUCUCUCUCUCUCUCUCUCUCUCUCUCUCUCUCUCUCUCUCUCUCUCUCUCUCUCUCUCUCUCCCCCCCCCCCCCUCUCUCUCUCCCGUUUCCCCUGAAUAUAUCCUUCCAUUCUUAAUUUUCACUGCCUUUCCUCCUCCUCCCCGCCCCCUCUCUCUCUUUCUCUCUCUCUCUCCUUACUUUCUUUUUUUCAUCCACUUUUCUUUUGCUUUGUUCUCUCCUCACUGUUUUUCUCUUUUAGUGAAUGCGAAACUGAAUAAAUUAUUUUUCGUACCAGA